CAGCAACAAGACAACCAACUCCUGGGAUGCGCUCAAAGACCAGGGUGGAGCAGCAAGAGUCCUUUAUGUUCUAGACGACUUUAUCGCUAAAGUGGCAAAUAGCAACUUGACAGAAGCGAAGAAUAUGACGUUUGUUAAAAAUAACCUUUAUAUAAAAAUCGACACAGCAAAUGAUUGUAAAACGGUCAGUUUUCCGGGUGAUGAAAAUAGAGGGAAACGGUCCAGAUUGGGCAAAACAAAGUAAAGACAAUAUAGAGGUCGAGUGUAGAGACGGAGGGAAUCUUCAGUACAGUGGCUCUCUAUUCCGUAACCUUUCUGCCAUAAUGACUGGGAGAACAGAAGACAAACGGACGACUAAACAGAUCAAUGGACCUGUCUUAUCUUUUAAAAAGCUUGCAACAAAUCAGAUGAACGAUCUUAAAACAGAAAGUGUGAAGAUAGUCUUCCAGAUAUUCAAUAGUUCCUUAGACUAUCCGAUCUGCUCUUACUGGAAGAAAGAUGAGCAUGGCUCAAAUGGCCAGUGGUUAGGGGACGGAUGUUGGCUAGAAGAUUUUAAUCGGUCAUCUGGACUUGUGACAUGCGCAUGCUCACAUCUCACGAACUUUGCAGUCCUAAUGAGUCCAUCGGUUACUGUUAGCAAGAUUCACCACCAGGCGCUGAGUGCAAUCACAGUGGUCGGUUGCACACUCUCAAUGACUGGUCUGGUUGCCACAGCAAUCGCGUAUCUCUACUUCUGGAGAUUGGUAAAGUCAGACCGCGCCACACUGUUGAUACAUCUGUGUGUCACACUAUUCGUUGCCUAUCUGGUGUUUUUAAUAGGAAUACAGCGCACAGAAUACACGGUAACGUGUACCUCGAUUGCCGUCGUUCUUCAUUACGUGUAUCUCGUGGCCUUCUUCAUUAUGCUAGCAGAGGGCGGUGUCAUUUCAUUGAUGGUGCUUCGGCCACUUGGCAAAAAGGACGUUGUUAGUUUCUUUUUGGGUGCCUCUUACGGCAUACCACUUAUUAUUGUUGGAAUAUCAAUUGGCGUGACGCAGUUCAGAGGUUACGGAAACGAACGUUUCUGUUGGUUGACGGUUGAAACAGGUCUCUUUUGGGCCUUUGCGGGACCAGUCUUGGCGAUUGUCGCAGCGAACAUGGUUAUUACGGUACUAGUUUUAAAGCAGCUAUUUGGAGUAUCCGCAAUGGCAAAGAGGAAAGAUGUCGAGAAAAUAAAGACCGGCGUCAGAAGCGUGUGCAUCCUUCUGCCCGUACUGGGACUCACCUGGGUGUUUGGCAUCUUCGCCGUCAACAGGGACACCAUCUUCUUCCAGUACCUGUUCGCCAUCUUCAACAGCUUGCAGGGAUUCCUGAUAUUUAUAGUGCAGUGUGUGUUUGACAGAAAGGUAUGCGAUGCUUUCCGCCAGGCACGUAUUCGUAUUCCGCUGUUCACAACAACAACUGACGUUCGCACAGUCGAAACGGAAAUGAAAUCCACACAGAAAUCUUCAUCUCACAAGGGCAGCGCUUCAACGUCAGGCGAGUGAAGUACCUUUGGUCGCAGCGUUACUGCCGUGAGGCUUUGUCUAAUUCGCACAUUUUAAGUCAUUAAUUAUAUGCCACUUGUUGCGGAAUCAUUUGAACAAUUCAAUUUGAACUGAUCACACAUGAAGAUGUAUCAUGUACUUUAUUGUAAUGUUCAUUUGUGUAAAGUUUACAUUUAUUUAUCACUCGAUGAUUGACUUCAAUUAAUGCAAUUACAGAAAAUGUUACCCUUUUCUAUGUAUACGUACGCCAUGCCAUAUUGUACUUUUGUUCUAAUGUGCAUGAACAGUAAAUAUUUUGUUGUAUAAUUAUUUCUGUAAAUGUGGUACUUAGUUGUUUCCUUCCCCCCCCCCCCCCCCAAGGAACACUUGGACAAGAUUUUGAAUUGCACUUUGAUAAUCGGCAAUAUAGUUUAUUGAACAUAUGUUUAGCGUGCAUUUCACUGUUGUGUACGUAUUGUUUUAUAAUUCCAAUUAUACUCUUAUGGCUUCCAUUCUUAUCAUAGCGAUCUAGCGUAUAUAAUCGCUUUUUCAUGAUAAUAACGAACAUACAUAAAAUGAAUGCAUAAUAGAAAGCAAGUAACACGAUGAAUUUAUGAAAGAGUGUUUUUCUAACCUAUACGGCCCGGAUUUGAUUCUCGGUUCCAAAGGAAUUGAGUUUGGUUAGUGAUCUCACUACGGGACAGGCGGGCUUUCCUUUGGAUACUCUGGCGCCCUACUCACUUUAUACAACAGAAGACCACAUAUACCCUCAAAAUAUAUAUCAGUAAACACAGCUGGAAAUUGCAUUUACAUUUCAUGAUUAUUACUCACUUUCGUGAGUCAAAUAUACAUAAGGUAAGAGUGCUUUGAACACACUCCGGGUUCUCACAUAAUGUAGCCUCAGGCGCAGAAGGACCUAAUAUACGUCGAAAUACACACAGUAUAUGAUAUUAUUAAAAUAACUUUUCUUCCCAUCCACGCAGUCUGAUGCUUUGUGCCUUCCCUUGUUAUCGGACUGGCUAGCUCAGUUGGUUGAGCGUUGGACUUGAAAUCCGAUGAUCGCGUAUUCGAUCAGCGGACACUUACCUGUUUAUUGGAAUUUGUCAUGAAUUCCUUUCUGCGGACAUUUUCUCCACCUACCUCUGAAAAAGUAGGACAGUUAUCUGAAACUAACAUAGGUAUGUACACGUAUGCUGGUACACCAGCUAUUAAAGUAUGAAUUGGCAAACGGACCGCCGUGAUAUGACUGAAAUAGUAUUGCCAACGGCUAAACUAAAGCAAACAAGCAGGUUUCUGUGUUGACGUAUACAGUUUUUGUAUAAAGUGUUAUUCACUUGCGCGUAGACGAGCUGUGUUUUAUGUAAGGUGCUUACGUACAGCGUCUGAUUAAAGAUCUUGUUCAAUUUUGCAUUGACGUGCAGCGUUAGAUGUAAGGUAUUAUUACAUUUUGUUCAGACGCGCAACGUUUGAUUUAAGGUUUUGUUCAGGUGCGCAUUGACAUCUAGGGUUUGAUGCACUAGUUAUCAUUAUACUAGGGUUUUGCUUUAAUAAUAUGUCGCAUGAUCAAUAUACUGUAACAUUUUGCGUAUAUUUCACAUUAAAACAUGGGCAUUACGAAUCGGAAAAUUAUGAAUUGACGCACGCGAUGUUAAUUAUAAUUUUGAUUGGAAGAAUUCUUACCAAAGGAUGAUACUGAUAGCGAAAUGCCUAGCGCAUUUGAGAUUGUGGUUUUCAACACCUACUUUUGUUUGAGGGAAAAUAUUUAGAAAUUCUUAACUAAAAAUGGUCUUGUUAAAAAUAGAUGAAUAUCACUCCUGUUCCUUACCUUCAACGUAAUAAUAUACCAUAUGAAUGCAAUAAACAUGUAUUUAUCUGUA